AUGAACCGCUCAUCUGCCUCUACCUUCUCGACCAAAUCAAUACCGCCGCCUGGAUCUGUCCUCACUGGCAAACAGGAACACUACCUCAAGCGCGAACUCAUCUCACAACAGACAGAAUGGGAGAUUUCAGAGCUGGCCUCCGAGACUGCCCUACAACGCUUUGGCGCUCCCUUCAAGUCAGAUGCUGGUGAAGUCGCACCAGAGGAUUCCGAGCUGCCUCUGCUGCGUUACAUGUUUGUGAACCAUGUCCGCAACUUUCCCUUUCUUGAUAGAGCCAGAGAGAAGGAGUUCUGGCAAGACAAGCUACAGACGUUCCUCGAGUCUUUUGCGACGAAGCGCAUAUCCUCAUCCGAAGAUCGCCUAGAAGAAACAAAACGCCGAAAGCUUGCCGUGAAGGCCCAAAAACUAGUAGAACUUAUGAUGGUAUCUGGACUGCCCACUGCAUCUGGUUACGAAGAGCGCAUCCGAUUCUCAGAAAUGGAGGUCGUCGAUCGAGGAGCCAACGAGCAAGGUCUGGCAUUGAAUGUACCCGAAGGACAUUACAUAAAUGGUUGGGAUGUCAACGUCGCUUCCGUACGAACCACCAGUGUCAAAAGACAUGUACGCCAUCACGCACAUGCAGAGUUUCUGCUCCGCGUCAAACGACAGGGCAAGCCCGAGAUCUAUGUUGGAAGGAGAUACGGCGAGUUUGCUCAAAUGCACAAGAGAUUGCGCCUCGAAAUACCAGGAAAGGUGCUACCGCCGCUACCUCGCAAGAAUCACUCAAGCUCGUUAUACACCAAAGACGACGACGACGAUGACUCAAUCUCAUCUGUUUCGACCCAAGACGUGAAAGAGGCCGCCGCCCAUGAUGAGCCUGCGCCAGCCAGCACUGGCUUCCGCAGCUAUCUUCCAAAUCCUUUUGGUGGUGGUCACCGUAGGACCGCCUCACGCUCGUCGCAAACCGCUUCUCCUCGCGCUUCCUUAGAUGCAUCUUCGACAACAAAACUCAAUCGUAAGUCGGGCGACUUCAGUCGAGACCAUUCACCACCGAAAGUCCUAUACAGAGAAGAACAGCGUGUCUCAUUGCGAGCCUUCCUGCGUAACUUUUUGCAGAACGAGAGCAUCGCCAACAGUAACGCUAUGAACGACUUCUUGACUGGCAAUGUCGUAACACUAAAUCAGGAAGAGAUGGAUGAUGUCAAGAGGCGUAUCGAGAUGGACGACAAGCGUAUUGAGGAACAACGGCGCUUCUACGAAAUUGCACGUGCAAGAGCCAGGGAGCUUGAUGUUCACAUGGAGAAGUUCAGGAGAGAAGUCGUCGAGAGCAAUGGAUUGACAAAGCUUUUCGCCGAGAUCAAGCAGAAGAACACGAUCGCAGAAUUGUCUCCCGAGUACAAGAAGUUUGCUGAAUGGCUUCGCAUUGAAGUGGCAGCUGUGAUCUAUCAUCUGUUCCUGGCCGAAGACAACAGUCCCGAACUGUUCGCACAAGCAAAACGUAUCCAUUCCUUGAUUCCAUACACCGCCCUCAAACAAGUCAUUCGAUUCGCAAACCCAGCCGCCGUCAUGGCUGGUGUGCUCGACCUGUUCCUUGCUCAACCUUUUGGCGCAAAGUCUCUUUUGCAACGUAUAUUCUCCCUGGCUCUAGGAGACAGCAUCCGCUCCGUUCAGAAGAGCAUCGACGGCCUAGCUGCUAAAAUCAACGAGCCCGUCUUCUGCGAGAAGAUCAAGAACUACAACCAGUGUAACCAAGACAUCAAGGACGCGAUUCGAAUCGAAGCCACUCAAGACGACCUCGAUCUCCUCGUGGCUAUCUUGCGAAGCGAAGAUAUCAAGCCAGAGCUUAAACCUGAAGAGGUUGGAAGGGCAUUCAACGCUUAUGUGGCAUGGAACAGUGCAGUCGAGAACGUUGAUGAGGAACUCAGAACGGGCGCCGAGACUUUUGCUCACCUGAAGCAAUUACUGAAACUCUACACACGUCAACGAGAUAAGACUAUGAUGUUGCGAAUGAUUGAGGAGCCCACAACUUUGCAACUCUUCCGCGAUCUUUUCACAAUCUUCUAUGAGCCCCUCGUCAGGGUUUACAAAUCGGCCAACGUCUACAACAGUAUCAGCGACUUCGCACGCUUCAUGGACGACGUGAUCGUUACAGUGGAGAAGUGUCAACGACAGGACGUAUCUGCCGAUCCUAACCAGACGGUUCAAGCCUUUAUCGAUCUAUGCGCAAGACACGAAGAUUCGUUCUACAAGUUUGUGCACGAAGUACAUCUUCACGAUAACGGCUUGUUCGACCAACUCAUGGGCUGGAUAGAAGGCAUUCUCUCAUUCCUUCGUAAUGGUCCUCGAGGUGGCGGCAAAUUGGAUAUGAAUGCUCUCUUCCAGGGUGCAGUCGAGAUGCGACAAAUCGACAAGGAUGCCGCUGUACGAGAGAUAAACUCUCUUAUCAAAUGGCAAGAAAAACGCAAGAAGUGGCACCAAGACAAGACACGUCAAAAGAUGGCCACAGGCGACGCACCCGGCGCGCCCGAUGGCGGAGCCUCAGAUCUCAUCGCAUCUUUCAAACCUGAUGACUUUGGUCUCAACGCUUUGGACAUCCAAGACCUCAAUAACGACGAAGACGAAUACAGUUCCACGGACGAUGAUGAGGAAGAUGCUGAUCCUAUUGCUGCAGAGAGGAAGCGCAGGGCCAGGCGACAGGACUUCCUUAGGAGGAAUGCUGGCGAACCUGUCAAGCCCGAUAUUGUUGAGGUUACAAAGAUGCGUGACGGCUUCUUGGCCAUGCUGAGGAUGGUAUUGGCUGAGUAG